CAUCCGGCCUGGUCGUCCGCGGGGCGCCGCCCGAGGCCAUGGCCGCCCGCGGGUGUGCGCUGGAGGCGGUGCCGCUGCCCCCCGAGGUGCGGGAGAGCCUGGCCGAGCUGGAGCUGGAGCUGUCGGAGGGUGACAUCACUCAAAAAGGAUAUGAAAAGAAACGGGCAAAGCUGCUUGCACGCUACAUCCCACUUCUUCAAGGAGUAGAUCCGUCCCUACAAGCAGAGAACAGGGUUUCUGGCCCCGCGCAGACGUCAGCUGUGGCGCCCAAGCAGCAGAAGCCGCGGCCGGCCAACUCCCGAGACGAGCGCUUCCGCUCAGAUGUUCACACGGAGGCGGUGCAAGCAGCUCUGGCCAAGUACAAGGAGAGGAAGAUGCCUAUGCCUUCCAAAAGACGUUCUGUUCUCGUACACUCGUCUGUGGAAACCUACACGCCUCCAGACACGUCAUCUGCCUCAGAAGAUGAGGGCUCUUUACGGCGACCCGGGCGACUCACCUCCACUCCGCUCCAGAGCCAUUCCAACAUCGAGCCCUGGCUCGACCGGGUCAUUCAGGGCUCGUCCACCUCAUCCUCUGCAUCCUCCACCUCAUCUCACCCGGGAGGGAGACCCGCCGCCGCUCCCAGUGCCGCCGCCACCGCCACGCUCACAGGCCCCGCGGCCCACGCCCACAUAGAUCUGCACUCUGCCCCUCCGGAUGUCACCACGGGCCUCGUGGAGCUCUCCCACUGCGAACGUCCACAGCUGGCUUCUGUGAGGGGUGUCCCUCGGGGCUACAGCGGGAGCGUCCUGGAAACGGCCGGUGGUGUCCCUGUGAGCAGCAGAGUGUCCUCCAAAAUCCAGCAGCUUCUCAACACCCUGAAGAGGCCCAAGCGCCCUCCGCUGAAGGAGUUCUUUGUGGAUGAUUUUGAGGAGCUGUUGGAAGUGCAGCAGCCAGAUCCAAAUCAGCCAAAGCCGGAGGGAAGCCAGAUGGUGGUGCUGAAAGGGGAGCCUCUGGCCGUGGGGAUUCCCUGGCCACCGUCCCUGCUGGCCGCCUUGCAGCGGUGGGGUACGACGCAGCCCAAAGCCCCCUGUCUGACCGCCUUAGACACAGCUGGGAAGGCCGUCUACACCCUCACCUAUGGCAAACUAUGGAGUCGGAGUUUAAAACUAGCUUAUACUCUACUUAAUAAACUGACUAGUAAGAAUGAACCACUACUUAACCCUGGAGACAGAGUGGCCCUGGUGUUUCCAAACAGUGACCCCGUGAUGUUCAUGGUGGCAUUUUAUGGGUGUCUGCUGGCAGAGCUGGUUCCUGUCCCCAUAGAGGUGCCGUUAACGAGAAAGGACGCUGGCAGCCAGCAGGUUGGCUUUCUGCUGGGCAGCUGCGGCGUCACCCUGGCCCUGACCACGGACGCUUGUCAGAAGGGCCUGCCCAAGGCACAGACCGGAGAGGUGGCGACUUUCAAAGGAUGGCCCCCGCUCGCCUGGCUAGUGAUCGACGGGAAGCAUCUGACCAAGCCCCCCAAAGAUUGGCACCCGCAGGCACAGGACGCAGGGGCCGGGACGGCCUACAUCGAGUAUAAAACCAGCAAAGAAGGCAGCACUGUGGGGGUCACGGUGUCCCAUGCAUCGCUGCUGGCACAGUGCCGGGCUCUGACGCAGGCUUGUGGCUACUCAGAAGCUGAGACAUUAACAAAUGUGCUGGAUUUCAAAAGGGAUGCUGGUCUGUGGCAUGGAGUGUUAACAAGCGUCAUGAACAGGAUGCACGUCAUCAGCAUCCCCUACGCACUGAUGAAGGUCAACCCGCUGUCCUGGAUUCAGAAAGUGUGUUCGUACAAAGCCCGGGCUGCGCUGGUGAAGUCCCGCGACAUGCACUGGUCUCUCCUAGCUCAGCGGGGUCAGAGGGAUGUCAGCCUCAGCUCCCUGCGCAUGCUGAUCGUGGCCGACGGCGCUAACCCCUGGUCCAUAUCCUCCUGUGACGCGUUCCUCAAUGUCUUCCAGUCCAGAGGCCUGAGGCCAGAGGUCAUUUGUCCCUGCGCCACUUCUCCUGAGGCGCUGACAGUUGCCAUCCGCAGGCCGCCGGACCUGGGAGGACCUCCACCCAGGAAAGCUGUCCUCUCCAUGAACGGUCUCAGUUUUGGUGUGAUCAGAGUUGAUACUGAAGAAAAGUUGUCGGUUCUUACCGUUCAGGACGUUGGCCAGGUGCUCCCUGGAGCGGACGUUUGUGUUGUGAAGGUAGAAGGUGCCCCUUAUCUCUGUAAGACCGACGAAGUUGGAGAAAUAUGUGUCCAUUCCAGCGCUACGGGCACGGCGUACUACGGGCUGCUCGGCAUCACUAAGAGUGUCUUUGAGACCGUCCCGCUCACGGCAGGAGGGGCGCCCGUGUCUGAGCGGCCUUUCACCAGGACGGGGCUGCUGGGCUUCGUCGGGCCGGACGACCUGGUGUUUGUCGUGGGCAAGCUGGACGGGCUGAUGGUGGUUGGAGUUCGUCGACACAACGCGGACGACGUCGUGGCCACCGCGCUGGCCGUGGAGCCCAUGAAGUUUGUCUACAGAGGCAGGAUUGCCGUGUUCUCCGUGACGGUGUUGCACGACGACCGGAUCGUGCUCGUGGCGGAGCAGCGGCCCGACGCCUCCGAGGAGGACAGCUUCCAGUGGAUGAGCCGCGUGCUGCAGGCCAUCGACAGCAUCCACCAGGUGGGCGUGUACUGUCUGGCCCUGGUUCCUGCCAACACCUUGCCCAAGGCUCCUCUUGGAGGGAUUCACAUUUCUGAAACCAAGCAGCGUUUCCUGGAGGGGAUGCUGCACCCAUGUAAUGUGCUCAUGUGUCCUCACACCUGUGUUACCAACCUUCCCAAACCUCGCCAGAAACAACCAGAGGUGGGGCCGGCCUCCAUGAUCGUGGGGAACCUGGUUGCCGGGAAGAGGAUCGCACAGGCCUCGGGCCGGGAGCUGGCUCAUCUGGAGGACAGCGACCAGGCCAGGAAGUUCCUGUUCCUGCCCGACGUGCUGCAGUGGCGGGCGCACACCACUCCUGACCACCCGCUGUUCCUGCUGCUCAACGCCAAGGGCACCGUCACCAGCACUGCAACCUGUGUCCAGCUGCACAAAAGGGCAGAAAGGGUCGCCGCCGCUCUGAUGGAGAAGGCAAGACUGAACGUUGGGGACCAUGUGGCUUUGGUCUAUCCCCCAGGGGUGGACCUCAUUGCCGCCUUCUACGGCUGUCUGUACUGUGGCUGCGUGCCUGUCACGGUGCGGCCCCCACACCCCCAGAACCUCGCCACCACGCUGCCUACCGUCAAGAUGAUCGUGGAGGUCAGCAAGUCCGCCUGCGUCCUCACGACACAGGCCAUCAUGCGGCUGCUCAAGUCCAAAGAUGCAGGGGCCGCUGUGGACGUCAGGACCUGGCCAACCAUUGUGGAUACAGAUGACAUACCAAAAAAGAAGGUGGCGAGCAUUUUCAGGCCACCGUCUCCAGACGUGCUCGCCUACUUGGACUUCAGCGUGUCAACCACGGGGAUUUUAGCAGGCGUGAAGAUGUCGCACGCAGCCACAAGUGCCUUGUGCCGCUCCAUAAAGCUGCAGUGUGAGUUGUACCCCUCGAGGCAGAUCGCCAUCUGCCUUGACCCCUACUGUGGCCUCGGCUUCGCCCUGUGGUGUCUGUGCAGCGUCUACUCAGGACACCAGUCUGUCCUGGUCCCUCCGCUCGAGCUGGAGAGCAACGUGUCCCUGUGGCUGUCCGCGGUCAGCCAGUACAAGGCCCGGGUCACCUUCUGCUCCUACUCGGUGAUGGAAAUGUGCACCAGGGGCCUGGGAACGCAGACGGGUGUCCUCAGGAUGAAGGGGGUGAACCUGUCCUGCGUGCGCACCUGCAUGGUCGUGGCCGAGGAGCGGCCCAGGAUCGCGCUCACGCAGUCCUUCUCCAAGCUGUUCAAGGACCUGGGCCUGCCGGCGCGCGCCGUGAGCACCACAUUCGGGUGCAGGGUCAACGUGGCCAUCUGCCUCCAGCCCAACAGGCUGGGGAAGCUGGCUGAGCAGGGCACGGCUGGCCCGGACCCCACCACCGUGUACGUGGACAUGAGGGCGCUGCGCCACGACAGGGUCCGUCUGGUAGAACGGGGAUCUCCGCACAGCCUGCCGUUGACGGAGUCCGGAAAGAUCCUCCCCGGGGUGAAGGUCAUUAUUGCGCACACUGAGACCAAAGGGCCCCUUGGGGACUCACACCUGGGCGAGAUCUGGGUGAGCAGCCCCCACAACGCCACCGGGUACUACACGGUCUACGGGGAGGAGGCGCUCCACGCCGACCACUUUAGCGCCCGGCUGAGUUUCGGAGACACGCAGACCAUCUGGGCAAGGACUGGGUACCUGGGUUUCCUUCGAAGGACGGAGCUCACCGAUGCCAGUGGAGAGCGACACGACGCACUGUACGUGGUCGGGUCCCUGGAUGAGACGCUGGAGCUGAGGGGCAUGCGAUACCACCCCAUCGAUAUCGAGACGUCCGUGGUCCGAGCGCACAGGAGCAUCGCUGAGUGCGCUGUGUUCACCUGGACCAACCUGCUGGUGGUGGUGGUGGAGCUGGACGGGCUCGAGCAGGAUGCGCUCGACCUGGUGGCCCUGGUGACAAACGUGGUGCUGGAGGAGCAUCACCUGGUCGUGGGCGUGGUGGUGAUCGUGGACCCCGGCGUGAUCCCCAUCAACUCACGGGGCGAGAAGCAGCGCAUGCACCUGCGGGACGGCUUCCUGGCCGACCAGCUGGACCCCAUCUACGUCGCCUACAACAUGUGAGCGCCGCUCACCUGCCCCACGCUCCUGAGCCGGGCAGGGAGCAGGCCUCCGGGGUGGGAGCACCGCCCUGUGUGCAGCCGCCGGGAGAGGACGCCCAUCUUCCCGGAGCCGUGCCCCUCCUCCUCUACUUUUACAGAUCCGUCUCAAGGUUCCCCAAUUCUCAUUUUAGAAACUGCUUCCUGGACAGAGGGAAGAAACUUUUUUUUAAUUUGGAGGACGUUUACGAGAACAGGAACGUCAGGGUGCCUGAAGGGAGACUCAGGGCCCAGCGUGGGUGUGGCAAGGAACUGCAAGUGCUCUACUGUGUUGCGAGUUUGCACUUUUUUUAGGCCAAAAAUAUAGUUCUCGAUUUUAAAAAGUCAUUUAUUUAUUCCCAGUUCAUAUAUAGAAUUUAUGCUAGAAAGCACGUGAGGCCCCUGGACCCCGUGCUUCGCUUCUGCUUCAUAGGGAGGAGCCGAGCAACUUGGGGGCGGGUGCUGGCCCGGCCUCCCCGCCCUGGGUCCCGAGUCGCCAACUGUGCUCACAGGGCGCUUCCUUUGCUGGUUUCGUUUUGAAACACGUGUGCCCGAGUGUCCACACUUGUCACUGAUACUUGAGAGGUGCCGUUGGGGGCUGUCAAGUUUGACGCUUGCUUUUGGGCAAAUAAACCAGCAGUUAAGUCUUAAACCGCUGUCCUAGGUUUGUGACUUCAUGCUGUUUAGUUAAUGUGCUUGUUUUCCCAACACCACAGUCUGGGUUCCUCUAAAUACAUGGAAUUACGUUGAGCUGUGAUUUUUAUUCCCAUUCAACAGACUUGUGAGUACUGGUGACAGCACCUGAGGCCUUCAGGUCCUUAGUGCUGUUUGCUGAGCACCCUGCAUGCAGUCGAGGGGCCGUGGAGAGAGCCUCGCCCCGCCCCCCUCCUGGCCUUCACAGUUUGACUUGUGUGCCUAUAAAACUUGGCCAAACCGCAUUCAGUUAUUUUAUUCAAACUUGAUGAAACUGACUGAUCUAAUAUUAGAGUAAACCUGAGUCAAAGAAGAGAAUGUAAAAUCCUUUAGCUACUUAUACGAAUUUGAAGUGAAGCUCAAAUCUAAGAGAUUAUUUUUAUAUAGCUAUUACAGAGUAUGUUAUAAAGUUGUGGGGUUUGGGGGACUGAGGGUGGGAAAGUUUAUGAAUUAUGCAUGCUUCCUAGGAACAACCAGGCGUUUCUGGAAUUAGCCUGGAGCAGUGCCUAACAAAACUGUUACUAAUUCUCUACCGCUCUAAGUUCGCCGCCACCUGGGACUGGCUCGCUGGGCCAGCUCUCACGUCCUGCUCUUCCGUGGCCGCGGGCAGUGCGUGCACAUUAGUUCUGUUCGCCUGCAGUGUUGAGCUGCGUGUAAUAGACGACAUACUGGAGUUCUAAUGGCCUCGUGUAAUUAUGUACAUAAUCUGUAUAACUUAUUGUUCCACAUACAGAGGUUCUGGCAGUGGACUAACGGACGUUCCUUAUAGUAGAAUGGCCAGCGGGGAAACACUACCUAACCCUAAUCCGAAUGUCGUAGUUUUAUAGCAAACAAAUAUUGUAAAAGUUUUGUAUUGAAAGGUCAGUGGCAGCAAGACAGAGCGUCUUGUAAAUUAAGAUUUGAAGAAGAGCAUUAAACUGUCCUAAAAUUACUUUCUGGGAAUUCUGUAUAUCACACUAAAAUUUUUUUAUAUCAUUAUGUUAAUAAAAGAUAUUGACUGUUUGUAAUUCUGCA